AUGGAUACUAAUAAAUCAGAAUUCAUUGACGAAGAAAAUUUGUUAAAAGCACCCCCAAAUUUCUUAUUAGCUGAGAAACAUUGCAAAGCUUAAAUCAUUCAUUAAGAAGUGAUAAGUAACUCAUAAAGAUGUCCUUGUUGCAAUUUACAUGUUGAAACUAUAAAGUAUUCCCUCUUAACAGAUAUAAAUACUUUUGUUUAGGAGGGUACCGCAUACAAAUACCUUUUGUUUAUAAAAAAUUAUAAAUUUGUAACUCUCUAAUAAUUAUUAAUAAACUUAAAAGGAGAUUCAUGCAUUAUGAAUGAAACUUGCAAAUAGAAUUUGAACAAUUAUUUAUCAAUUUUAAAUAGGAUGGAUUCUUACUUUUUUGAAGAUAAUAUUUUGGAUAUUUUAUAUUUGACUUCCACUGCUAUACAAUUAGCCUUCCUAAGAUAUAUAUCAUAUUCUAAAGAUGAUGAUUAUAAUAUAGAUAGAGAACUUGAUAGCGAGUUUACAAUAUCAAAAUGCUCGUUAAAGAUCAAAAAUUUGCCUAGUAAUUGCAACUAAAAAGAAGGUUUGAGUCUAUUUGUAAAUAAUUUAUACAAAAGUGACAAUGAUCCAUUAAACAUUAUUGAUUCUUGUUUAAUUUAUGAUGAAGAAUAUUUAGAAAAUUAAUUAAAAUUUAAAAUUAAAGAAAUUCUAACUCAAAAUAAUGAUAGCUCAUUGAGAGAUGUUAUAGAGAGAACUGUUGAUUUGAAUUAUGUUUUGCAAAAUCGAGAAUUUUUUUUGAAAUAUGCUGAUAGAGGAUUUAUAACUUUUGCUAGUGAAAGAGAGGCUAUCAAAUUUAAGGAUUUACUAAAUAGAAAAAGUGUGAUUGAUUGUCCAAGGCCUUCUGAUGAAAAAUGGAUUACUAAGAAAUAAAAGGUUAAUUUAAUACUUGAAACUAUCCUAUUUAUAAUAGAAUGGGUUUGCUUUUAUCUAAUCUACUUAUUCUAAAAUAUAAAAGAUGAAUAUACUGAAACAAAUUCUGGAUAUUAAUUAAAUAGUAAAACACUUUUGAGCUUUUCUAUGCCUAUUUUGUAAAAGAUUAGUAUUACCUUACAAUAAAGAACAUAUUAAAAAGUACUUUAAUAUAGUUAAUUUACUCAAUUGCCUUAAUAUUAUUUUGAAAUUUUUUAAUUGCUCAUAAGUUCAUUCAAUGUUGUCGCAUUUCCUCUUUUAAUUUUUGAAUAACGAGGCUAAUAAGAAAGUAAAUUAAAAUUUUGGGGUGAUGGCGGUUUCAAUGAAGAUAUUAUUUUUAUCAUAGUGAUUAGUUCAAUUUCAUUUAUGGGAUUAAGUAUAAUAGAUUAAGAAUAUGCUUGGAAACUAUUAAAAACUUUUUAUUACAAAUAUUUAAAUCGAAAUUCAACUUUAACAUAAUUUGAAGCUAACUAAUUAAUCUAAAGAAAAUUGGACUUUAAUGCUAAAUAUAUUGGAUUACUUCAUUUAAUUUUUUCAUGCUCCUAUUAUGGGUAUAUUUAUCCCAUCUGCUACCCUAUAACUCUCAUAGCUCUAUUUAUUAUCUUUUGGUAAGAAAAAUACUAACUUAUUAAUUAUGGAGUUUAGGAGGAAUUCAAAUUCAAAAAAGACUCAUUAAAAUUGCCUAUAUUACUUCUCUUUAUUUUUUAAGUUUCAUCUCCUCAAUUAAUUCAUAAUGUAUUUAAAAUAUCACCAACUACUCGCCCAUUUUUUUAUAUAUUCCUUUUUUUGAUUUUUUUACUCAUUUACUUGUUUUUUUUUUCUGAUUUGAUUUUUAUCAAUUAAUCUUCAGAUUAUCAAACGGCCGAAGCCUUAAUGAAAAGCCUUGAGCAUAACGAUUUAUACUCAAAAUACAAUCCUAUAAUAAAUGAAACUCUUUGGCCUAACAAAGAGUAUGAAAAAGGAUUACAUUAACAUAAAUUUUCAAGAUAAGAGCGAUAUUACAACACUCUCAAGGUGAAAUUGUUGAGAGAGCUUGAAAACGAAUUUUAAUAGGUAACGUAAAAUUAGAUUAAUUAGAACUCCAUUAAAAAAGUCAGCAUAUAACCUAUUUAAGGUGAAUAAAUGGUAGUAGAAGAAUGA